AUGACAACCUCACUUGCGCAGUUUCUAGAAGAUACAUCUUCUGAUGAGCAAAGUAUAAAAAUAAUUCAUUCCAAUAUAGAACGUAUUCAGACAUUACAAAAUCAAAUUUUGGCGAGCACCUCAUUGCAACAAGAGGCUUCCCAAGGAGAAGAACGCAAUGGACUUUUGGUCAAUACCAAAGAUUUAUUGUUUCAAAUGAAAGAUCGUAUCAGAAAGAUUGAAUCCGAAAAUGCUCGAUUACCAGCAACUGAUUCAAAUCUUACUGUUCGAAAACAAAGGAUUGAAUUAAUUCGUGAAAGAUUCACCGAUGUACUUGAAAAAUAUCGGGCUGUUCAAGAUUCCUAUAUUAACCAACAAAAAGAUCGCAUGUCUCGCCAAUAUAGAGUCGUAAAUCCUGAUGCUAGCGAACAAGAAAUAGAAAAUUAUUUAUCCGACCCUUCAGGUCAACCUUUUCAACAGGCAUUGUUACGUACGGACAAAGCUAAAGACGCAAUGGCUUAUGUGCAGCAACGACAUGGUGAUAUCAUAUUAAUAGAACAGACUAUUGCUGAAUUGGCACAGUUAUUUAAUGAAAUGCAACUUCAGGUAGAAGUUCAGGAUACUGUUCUCACGGAAAUCGAUGAAAAAGUACAAAUUGUAACAGAAGAUACGGAAAAAGGUGCUGAUCAUGUGGGCAGAGCAUACGAACUUGCACUCGCGGCCCGAAAAAAGAAAUGGAUGACAAUUGGAAUUGUGGUGGCGUUUUCUUCAAUCAAACAAUCCUAA